ACGGCUGGUUUGAAUGCAACGGCUGGUUUGAAUGCGAUGGCUGGUUUGAACGUGAUGGCUGGUUUGAAUGUGACGGCUGGACGGCUAGAACGAAUAGAACAACUGGAACUAACAGAACUGUGGUAACUAAAGCAUCUGGAACACCUGGAACACCAAAACACCUGGAACACCCAAAACACCUAGAACUAAAAACAACAGAAUUGUGCUGUUGUAAUGUUCAAUUGAAUGAGAUAGCUAAUAAUCCACCUCGUUUUAUAGCUAAAGCAUCUGGAACACCUGGAACACCAAAACACCUGAAACACCGAAACCCUAGGACUAAUAAUGGAACAACUAGAACGAAUGGGACGGCUGGAAUGAAUGGGACAACUGGUUUGAAUGCGACGGCUGGAACGAAUAGAACAACUAGAGCCAACAGAACUGUG